AUGGAGCCAAGAAUUGAUACCAAAAAGACGGGAAGGAAGGAGAGUGGGAGGAGCCGGGUGGGGUGGGGGCUAAUUUAUAGCCCAGCCAAAGGCAGGGCGUGCACUGCCAUGGACAGCUCUGGGUACAGCAAGUGGACCGGCGGGCCCGAGGAGGCCCCUGCAGGGGCCUUGGGAUGUUGGGGCCGGAAGGCCCUCUUGGUCGCACUGGCUGUCAUGGUCUCCACAGUCCUGUGGGCCCUCGUUCUGAGCAUCCUAUUGUCCAAGGCCUGCACAACCUGCUGCUCUGAGGUGCGGGCUCAGCUGAAGACCACAAGGGCAGAGCUUGGGGAGGCGCAGAAGAAGCUGCUGGAGCAGAGAAGCACCCUGGAGGAGCUGCGGGACAGCGUGACCAAGAACGUGGCCCAGGCGGGCAGGGACCGAAAUGCUAUCCGCACUGAACUACUGCGGGCGCUGGAGGCUGCCAAGCUCGGCAACAACUCCUGUGAGCCAUGCCCCAGGUCGUGGCUGCCCUUCGAGGGCUCCUGCUACCUUUUCUCGGAGCAAAAGAACACGUGGGAAGCCGCCCUGAACAGCUGCCAGAACGCAGGCGCACACCUAGUGAUCGUGGACGACCUGGAGGAGCAGAGCUUCUUGAGCGCACACACGCGUGGGCGUGGCUUCUGGCUGGGCCUCAAGGCUGUGCGUCAGCUGGGCAAGAUCCAGAGCUACCAGUGGGUGGAUGGCGUCCAGCUGACUUUCAGCCACUGGAAUGUGGGGGAACCCAACGACUCUCGGGGGCUAGAAAACUGCAUCAUGAUGCUGCACACGGGGCUGUGGAACGAUGCACCUUGUAACAAUGAGAGGGACAACUGGAUCUGUGAGAAGAGGCGCCGCUGCUGAUCCUGAACUCUACAAUCACUCCUCUGCAUCAGGGCUCCGCCCAGUUGCCCACAGCCACGCCCACUGCCAUCACUUCCCCCCUCCAGACUCCUCCUGUACACAGUACCCUGGUUUUUCCACCCAGGUUUGAGACCUGGGUGCUUUGAUCUCACCUCCCUGUAGUCCACAUUCAGGUGACUCAGAGAUUCCUCAGAGCUGUAAGCAGCCAGCCCCCAAACCCUUCUCUGCACCCUGUACAAUGCAGCAUGCUGCAACACAUCUCUCCUGCCCACGAGGAGCUCUGGGACCUCUGGGUAGACGACUGGCUCAGCCAGUCUGAAGCCUUUCCAGACAGCUCUUGUCCCUCCAUCUCUCCCCACACUGGGUGGACCCUGUCUUGUGAGCUCUCUUGGCAGCCCGGGGGAGCGUCAAUAAAUAUUUGAGAAUUGAA